AUGUCGUCGGAGGAGAGAGAAAGUUUUCAACCUGAAUCAACUCAGCCAACUGAAAAUAAAGGAUUAGCCAAAUCGCUUUCGUUGUUCAAUGGAGUUUCAAUCAUUGUUGGUUGUAUCAUUGGAUCAGGAAUAUUCGUUUCUCCAACAGGAGUCCAAGAAAAAGCUGGUUCUGUUGGAUUAUCUCUAAUCGUUUGGGUGACAUGUGGGAUGUUUGCCGCUAUCGGAGCUUAUUGCUAUGCCGAACUCGGAACACUUAUCAAGAAGUCUGGUGGAGAUUAUGCUUACAUAAUGGAAGCUUUUGGCCCUUUCCUGGCUUUCAUCCGUUUAUGGAUUGAGAGUAUGGUUGUACGACCUUGUACAGCAACUAUUGUGGCUUUGACAUUCUCUAUUUAUAUUCUACGGCCAUUCUAUCCUGAAUGUGAUCCUCCAAGUGGAACUCCUCAGCUUUUAGCUGCGUGUCUUCUCAUUCUGCUCACUGCUAUCAACUGUAUAUCUGUUCGAGUUGCUACUUUCGUGAUGGAUGUCUUCACUGUUGCCAAAGUUUUUGCUCUUAUACUGAUCAUCUUCACCUCAAGCCUGAUGAUGUGUACUGGAAAGCCUAAGUACUUCGAUUCAUUUGAAAACUUGUUUGAGGGUACCAACCAGAACUUCCAAGAAGUAUCUUUGGCUUUCUAUUCUGGAUUGUUUGCUUAUCAGGGAUGGAAUUACCUUAACUUCAUCAUCGAAGAGCUCCAAAAUCCAAAAAGAAAUCUCCCAUGGGCUAUUGCUAUCAGUUGUACUAUGUGUACUGUUAUCUAUACUCUGACUAACAUUGCUUUGUAUACUGUCAUUUCACCUGAUGAGAUGUUAGAGAGUCCUGCUGUAGCUGUGCUUUAUGCAAAGAGGAUGUAUGGUCAAUUUGCAUUCAUAAUGCCGUUGUUUGUUGCUUGUUCCACAAUUGGAUCAGCUAAUGGUGUUAUUUUCACUAGCUCAAGAUUAUUCUAUGUUGGUGCACGUGAAGGACACAUGCCUCAAGUAUUAACGAUGAUCAACAAAACCACAAGAACUCCUAUCCCCGCAGUUGUUUUCACUGGAUUACUCUCUUUGUUCUACCUUGCUUUGUCGAACAAUAUUUUCUCUCUUAUCAACUACAUUCAAAUCAGUUACUGGCUCGCUAUUGGAGCUGCCAUGGCUGCCUUGUUCAGACUGCGUCAAACUAUGCCCGAUGCUGAAAGACCUAUUAAGGUAAAUCUGAUAUGGCCCGCCAUUUUCCUUGUCGGAUGUGUUUGCCUCGUUUUGGUUCCUAUCGUUGGAGCUCCUAAGGACACUGCAGUUGGAAUCCUCAUCAUGUUGACAGGAGUUCCAGUAUACUUGGUUUUCAUUGCUUGGAAAAGCAAACCAGCCUUCUUCGAGAAAGCAUCAGCUAAAACUACAGUUUUGCUCCAGAAGCUGUUUUUGGUCGUCGAUGACACUAAGGAAGAAUAG